CACAUCGUCCGAAUUAUCUUUCUUUCUGUUUCAUAGAGAAUAAAACAAUAUGUCCAUACGGUCUCUUGCGAAAUGCGGUAGACCAACUUUGUCCAUGAGCCGAUCGAUCGUCACUAGAACGGCGGUGAAGAGAUAUACUAGUUCGUCGUCAACUCAAAUAUCGAGAGAAGGAAAGUCACAUAGGAACACACUUUUGAAAGCUGGUUUCGCGGGGUUUUUGGGUGCUGUGUUGUACAAUGUGGGACGGGAUUAUUACUCUUCUUCAGCGGAUGAAAUCAAAUUAGAUGGAAAUCCUAUGAAAUAUAUGACUGAUACAUAUGGUGUUUUCUGGAUACCCAUGCGUGCUAUAGAAGAAGAUCAUCCCGAGAACCCCAUGAGAAUUCGAAUGGCCGUUUGGGUGAAAAACCUACAAGAUCACAUUGUCAAAACUCUCGAAACUAUUGAAUCCUCUCAUAUCUCCUCCAAUUCAAAUAUACCUCCCGGUAAAUUCCUUCGUGACGCUUGGUUACGUCCUGAAGGAGGUGAAGGUUCUUCAUGUGUUUUAUCAAAUGGUAGAGUUUUCGAAAAAGCAGGUGUAAACGUAUCGGUCGUUCAUGGAAUGUUACCACCAACAGGUCAAAAAUCAAUGUUACCAGAUCAUCCAUCUUUAAAACCAAAAGAUUAUUCAGUACCAUUUUUCGCUACUGGAUUAAGUAUAGUCAUUCAUCCUAUAAACCCACAUGUACCUACCGUUCAUUUAAAUUAUCGUUAUUUCGAAAUCAGUGAUCCUGAAGAUCCAACAAAAUCUGUCAGUUGGUGGUUUGGUGGUGGUUCAGAUUUAACACCUUGUUAUCUCGUUGAAGAAGAUUGUAAACAUUUUCAUCAAGUUUUAAAAGACGCAUGUGAUGAACAUGAUAAAGGUUUUUGGAAAAAAUAUAAGAAAUGGUGUGACGAAUAUUUUUACGUUCAACAUAGAGGUGAAUCAAGAGGUAUCGGAGGUAUUUUCUUUGAUGAUUUGACUGAUGUUUCUGAAGAACAUGGGGAAAGUAAAAAUAAAGAAGAAUUAUUCGAUUUUGUUAAAUCCGCUUCUAGCGCUUUUUUACCAGCUUAUGUACCGAUCGUCUUGAAGAAUAAAGAUAGGAAAUGGACUGAAGAAGAAAAAAGAUGGCAACAAUUGAGAAGAGGUAGAUAUGUGGAAUUUAAUUUGGUUUAUGAUAGAGGUACUAAAUUUGGGUUAGCAACUCCUGGUGCUAGGGUGGAGAGUAUUUUAAUGAGUCUCCCCGAAACGGCCAGAUGGGAAUACAUGUCCGAGAUGGGGAAAGAAGGUACGGAAGAAGGUAAAUUGAUGGAAGUCCUUCGUCAUCCCAGAGAAUGGGUGUAA